AUACAUAAGCCUGAUUUACAAUAGUCUUUUAUUUUGUUCAUACAUUUUUGCUAUUUCACCUUUGUAUUAUUGUGGUAUGGAUUUACUUACAUUCUUUAUUGCCUGGUUUCAUUUUUCACUUGAAACUACUUUUGAAAUCAACGAGGUAGCCUCCAGGUGAGGGUUCGAUAUGCUAGAAAUGGCAGUCAAAUACAACAAUAAGGAGAAGGAGAAAAAAAAAUGUUGUGGAAUGGCUCUAAUGCUGCUUUAGAAAUGUAUGAGAAUAUUACAACAUCUAUUUGUAGUAACCACUUGGGAAGUCAUCUGUUUUGCAUCUCUCAACUCUAACUGGUAACUUCAGUUUUUCUUCUAAAAUGCUUUGUAGAUGGAAGCUUUACUCAAAACAGCGGAGGUUAACAUUAUCCAAAUUGAUCAUUUUAUUCUUCCUACUCAUUGUAGUUAUACAAAUCACACACAUAAUUCUCUUAUCAAAGAUAAGAGGCAAUACAAAAACUGCAAAAAAAAAUGAGGUUUCAGAAAUGAUUAAGAAAAUAUAUGAAUCCUAUAAACUUGAUUCCUCCGGAUCUUACCAUAUGAUUGCAGAUGUAGCUCUUUGCAGUCAUUGCCCCUUGUCUACAUCUAAACCUACUCGUGAAAGGUAUGAUGUUACUGUGGUAACUCAGACAUCACUCAAUAACAUACAAUGCAUUGUCAAAUUGGCAAAUCAAUGGGAAGGCCCAAUAUCUGUAACAGUUUUCGCAUUUGACAAUUACAUUGUCACUGCUCUAUUGACAAUUGCAGCUUUACGGAAAUGUAAUCCAAUUGUUUUAGAAAUGGUUUCAUUCCAUCUUGUUUAUCCUUUGCAAAGAUAUCCUAGAAAUCUUCACAACAGUUAUGAAUCUUCAAUUGUGUCUUGUGAAGACUUACCAAAUAUACUUUCAUCCAACAUUCCAAAUUAUAGCUUUGACAAUAUUCAAUAUCCUCAUAAUGUUCUACGAAAUUUUGCAAUAAAGAAUUCCAGAACUGAAUUUAUUUUUAUGAUUGACAUUGAUAUGCUUCCUUCCCCUGGAUUAAGAAAUAAUUUCUCUGAAUUCAUUAAAGUUGCAGAUACAUUUUUACCAAAUUUAACAGCUUUUGUUGUUCCAAGUUUUGAAUCAAAUUUAAAUGUUUCAAUGCCCAUUGACAAGAAAGAUCUUUUGAAAAAAUGGGAUAAUCUACAGGUUCGACCCUUUUAUUUUGAAGUCUGCUGGAAAUGUCAGCAGCAUACGGACUAUGAAACCUGGAGAGAAAUUGAUGGUUCUUACAUGAAAGUAGCUUACAACAUUCCCUGGAAAGACCCUUGGGAACCAUUUUUUAUUACCCGAUAUUUUGUGCCAGCUUAUGAUGAACGAUUUAAACAAUAUGGUUUUAACCGAAUUAGCAACGUGUGUGAGCUGCAUGUUGCUGGAUAUACAUUUAAUGUUUUGAGUAAUGCAUUUAUUGUUCAUCAAGGCUUAAAGACACCAACAAACUUUCACAAUAACAAAGUUAAAGAGUUGAAUCAAAACCGUAUGUUAUUUCGGAAAUUUAAAGAAGAACUGAAAACAAAAUACCCAUAUUCAACGAAAAGAUGUUAUUAAUAUUAUAAAAUCAAAAUAAUAGUUAUGUGUCCAAAUGCAUAUGGAGGUGUACGUGUGUGCAUGUGUAUGUGCACUGUUAUAUUAAUAUCUAUUUGUUAGUUAUGAUUCCAACAACUCUAAGUAUGCCUGUUUAUAUUUGAAAUCAAUGCACUGGUAAAGCUUUCAAGUAAUAAUCUUGAGGUCGACAUUUCAGAUUCAUUUCAUUCUCUACUUUACUUUUGGACAGUAACUAGAGGCUGGAACUGCUAAGCAAAUAAGGUAACACAUUGUUAAACUUUAGAUUAUCUUGAUAUUUGUUCUUUAAAAAUAAAAAAUACAUGAACCCAAUAGUAAGUCAAACUUUAAACAAUUCAUUUAUUUUUUAUGAAACUCUUUAUAUUUUAACAUCUGACUUUUCUUCUUUUUUUUAUUAUUAUUUCCUCAAAAUGCAGCUCUUUGUGAAUUAAUUUUGUCAAGAAUAAACUGUGAUAUAAAUGAAUGGGACUUUUAAAAAGAGUACUAAUGUCUACCCAGAUUAGAGUAGAAUAAAGGGUUUAUUAAUGAA